UUCAACUUAUCAGACCGAGUAAAGGGUCCUCUGUAGUGCGAACUGGGGUUAUAAAUAUCAGUGAGUUAACUAUCAUACAGUGUUUUUGCAUCUUUUUUCACUUCAGUUUUAUAUUUUAUCUAAAUUAAAGGAAUAACUUAAACUUUUAAAUAACUAAAUUAAUGGUUAUUAUUAUUAUUAAAUUAACCUGAUUAAUCACUGAAAUCACUAUCACUGUGUAUUAUAUACACAGGACACAGGGCUUACCAUACACAGAUUCAGUGGGAGCAAAGUGUGAGUGAAUUCUGAAUAGGCAUAGGCAUUUCAUUAUCAUUCAUUAUGCCCUAGCCCUAUGACAGACUAUGAAUGUACAAUCAGAAAUACGUCUUAGUCUUAGUUAGCUUAAGUAUACUAAUUUAAAAUUAGAGGCUUUACUUUACUUUAUUUUAUAAUAUUGUUAAUAUUAUUAUUACUAUAACUAAGAUUAUAUUAUAUAAUUAUAUAAUUUAUUGUUAUUACUAUUACAUUAAUAUUUUAAUAUUAAGCCUACUAAUUUGUAAAUUUCUAUUAUAAUUAUAAUUAUUUAAUUACUACUAAUAAUAAUUAUAAUAUAAUUAUACACUUUAUAAGUUAUAAUUUUAUAACUAUUACUACUAUAAUUUAUAGCAGUGCUAAUCAAAAUUAAAAUCUGUCUCUGUCAAUUCAGUAAACUCAAUUGCUUAUUAUAUAUCUUAAUUAUAUCAUUAAAGCAAAGGUCAAAGGUCCUACAAAAAGUACCAAUGAUAAUAAUAUUAAUAAGGCAUUUAAGACUCUGACUCUAAAAACACAACACAAUUUAGUAUAAUUUACAAUUCAAUAGUAAAAUCCCUAAUUAUUACUUUUUGUACUGCCAGUCUUAAUCAAAGUUAAUCAUGUCUAUUUUAUUUUAGGCCUAUAUUUUAAUUAUCCUUAUCUGAAAUUGAAGUUAACUUUAAAAAAUAUUAUGAUGAAAACACUACUCCCUUUUAAUAUAUUGCAAUAUCCAAUAGCAAUAAUGACUAUGUCAAUAUGAAUUAUAAUAUUAAUAAAGAAUAGGCUAGUCUAAUUCAAAUGUAUUAGAAAUCAGGCCCUUGUCAAUAGUAAUAUUAAUAAGUAAAACUUUAAACUAUAACUAACUCUAAGUAAAGGCUUUAUACUAUUAUUAUGGUAUACUAUGACUAUAACUAUAGUCAUAGAGCUGCAGUUCUCAAAGUGGGCGUUCAGGUGUCCCUGAGGAUUGGAGGGGGGUAAAAUGGGCUGUAGAUUAUUUAUUUUUAUUUGGGGGGUGGGGGGGGGGGCAUUGGGACUACUUAAGGGGAGGGUUGUGGAUUACAUUAGAAAAGCUUUUUAAAAUCAAUUUGAAAAAAAAAAUGAGGAUUGGAGGGGGGUAAAAUGGGCUGUAGAUUAUUUAUUUUUAUUUGGGGGGUGGGGGGGGGGGGCAUUGGGACUACUUAAGGGGAUGGUUGUGGAUUACAUUAGAAAAGCUUUUUAAAAUCAAUUUGAAAAAAAAAAGAUUUAUGAUCGUUGGAUUAUUAUUGGCCUUGAAAAAGAGUAAUGAGUAGAUAUCAGUCAAACAAUACACCUUAACGACAAGAAAUAUCUACUAAGUAUGGCAUAAUCAAUAUACUAUACAAAAAUCUUUAAAGAAAAGCCAUCGAUAUAGUUUUCUACACUGUCACUGGACACAGAAAUAUGAAAUUAAACCAUAACACUGUCUUAUUUACUCUUGCUUAUCACCAACAUCUGACGGCUAAAACUAAAAGUUUAUUGACUUCCAUAAUGCAAGUGUGUAUGUCACAUUUAGAAAAAAUUUGAAAUUGUGAAAAUUAAAAAAAACAACUAAUUCUCCUCUCAGUAUUGACCCCAAAGUCAUCAGACACAACAUAAUGUCAGAAAUAUUUGCAGAUUUUGAUGCAAUGAAAUAACAUUUGAUGGGGAUGAUAUCAAUCUUAUUAAAACCGAAUUAAUAAAUUUAACUUUAAAAGCAAAGUCAACUCUGCUCAAAAGCAAUUUUGGCUAAUAUUCAAUCCUGUCGGACCUAGAAGAGAAGGGGGCAACAAGAUGAUAAGUCAGAGGUGUCACUAUGUUUACUGAGUGUGGUAAACUCAUGGUUGAUGGGACUCAUUAGCCUUGGAUGGCAACUCAUCAAAGAGAAGGAAACUCUAAUUUCAAAACCUGGAGAUGGAGUCCCGUAGGCAGAUAACAUUGACACAAUGAAACAUUCCGCCAAUUCCUGUGACGCAACUAGUGCCAAGCUGCAUCAUCCACAUGAUUUUUCCUUAGGUUAUCCAGCCGCGAGGAGAAAAGCCAUUAGCUGUGUAGGGAACCAGCUUAUAAUCCUAAAAAGAAUAAUCCGAGGCAUUUUCAUGACAUUUGUGUCAUCUCAAGUGAGGCUGUUUACAGAUGACUGUCUUUUUUACAGAGAGAUAAACGGCUACAAUGACCACAACCGCCUCCAAGCAGAUUUGAAGUGUCUUAUGAAUUUGGUGGAGAAAAGGGACAUGAAAUUUAACUAAACCAAAUGCCACAUAAGGAGCAUCUCAAGAAAAAACCAUCAACCUAUAAGUACUCCCUAAACAUCUAAAUUCUCCAACAAGUAUCAAAUAAUCCAUGCCUUGGAAUUCUCUUCUCAAAUAACCUAAAAUGGUCAUCCCAUAUAAACAAAGUUUAAAAAAAAAGCCAACUCCACACUAGGUUUCAUUCGAAGAAAUCUGCGCCACUGCCAACCUCCUGCGAACGAAAUGCAAAUCUUGCACUCGUCCAUUCACUGCUAGAAUAUGGUGCGAUCAUUUGGGACUCAUACCUAAAGCAAGACGUGGACAAGAUGGAGCGAAUCCAACGUAACACAGUGCGCUUCAUCGCACAUGACUACAAAUCCACCACUCCUGACUUUUUCACUGGCCUAUUAAAAAGAUUUGACAUCCCUUUCCUCAAAGACAGACAAGAAAAGCUCCGCCUAACAUUUCUAUAUAAAGUGGUCAUGGGGCUGGUGCCGGCCAUCCCAGCAAACACGUAUCUCACCCCACAGAAGCCAGGUUGCUUAAUCAGAGCCAAACGCUCACUAAACACUGACUUCACCUCUAACAACCCCAUUAACAAUUACAUCCGGAACAAUAGUAAAUGCUUCACUGUGCCUCGGUGUAACACAGUCCAAAAUAAACAAUCAUUUUUCCCAUGCACAAUAAUCGCUUGGAACCACAAGGACAAUGCCGCCAUGGACUCAACGUCAGUCAAGAGCUUCAAGACUGCCCUGGCAUCCGCUAGGACCCCUUAGGAUACCAGCAUCACUUCCCCAACCGUUGCACAUAUGCCAGUACAUGGAUUCAGCAACGUACCCUACCAGAACCAGAACUAUGCACUGUGGAAAGUAGUUACGAAGCUCUGUCUUGCUUUAAUCCAAGCAAAGAAAUAUAAUCCAUAUUUCUGAAAGUGUUGAAUUAAGAAUACCGUGAACCAGAAAUUGAACAAAUCGUAUCACUUUACUUAGCCCAUCCAAAGCAUGGAGUAAUCAUAUUAGAGUGAUGUUGAAGUAAGUUACUAUGACCAAAUGAAAAAUAAUAGUCCUAUAUUAAAAACCUGUAGUAUUGAUGGAUCAAGUUGAUCAAUUUAUAGCUGAACUAAUUGAAGUAAAAACCUUUUUUAACAAGUUCAUUUAAAAGUUCAGUUAUACAUAACGCUUUUACAUUUCAAUGUGUUGAUAUCUUCCUUACUGAGUUGUGCUAACUACUGUCUUGAAAAAAAUAAUAAAUAAUAAUAAUAAUUUUACGUGAGGGGCACAGGGGACUUUAGGGAUUGGUUUAUGGUGCCAAGGGGGUGGUGGUUGAAAAAGUACAGCUAUAAAGUAAUUUAUAAUAGUAUAGUAUAGUUCAGUCUAAGUCCAAUCAUUCACAGGCUUUUCCAAUAAAAUUCCAAUCAAUAGGCCUAAAUGAGUGAAGAGUAUUGACCAGUCUAUAGAAUACUGAUUGACAUUUUAGGUUUAACUGGCUUAAGUAGAAAUAACAAUUGGGUUGUAGCAUAUUGAAAUGUUGAUAUGAUUUUGUAAAAGGGGUUAGUACUCGUGUAGGCUUAAGACUAUGUCACCAUUUUCAGUUUGUCUGAUUAUAAUUAAGUUACUUUUAGAAAUUGUAAGACAGUUUUAUGAUUCAAAGGUGAUAGGUUUCUGUGACUACAUUCAAUGAUGAUGUGGUUCCUCAAAGUCAAGUGAAUGUAGGCCAAUGUUUCUUAUUUAUUUUAUGUCACAUUUGCACAUCAUUCCUAUUAUCUCAUUAGUCAGGCAAUUUAAAUAAAUCAGACCUUUUGAGUGAAGAAUUAUUUUAAAUUAAUUUUAAGGCUAUUUGCUAAUCUGGUAGGGGGAGAUUGUUGAAAUCAGGGAUUCAGAGCAGAUUUUUUGUCCGAACUCCAUCUAGACAGCUUUGUGUUAGCUCCAGGUCUGCACCAAGCUCCAGUUGAGGGGUGGUUAAGGGGGUGCCAAGUGUUUAAAGUAAUGUGUUUAUUAUUGUCACUUCCCUAUCUUAUUAACUAGACAUUAGAAAUGCAUGUACCAGCAACAUUGCUGUUAGAAGGAUGGGGCAAAAAAGCUGAUAGAAGAGUGGGGCAAGAUAGCUGUAGAAGAGCGGGGCAACUUAGCUGUAGGAUGUGGGGGCAACAUAGCUGUAGAAGAAUGGGGCAACAUGACUGAUAGAAAAGUGGGGCAUUAAUUUUAAUAAAAUUAAUUUUAAAAAUUAAAACACAAAUUAUACUUUUUUUUAAAUUUAAAAAUUAAUUAAUUAAAAUUUUUAGAGCCCUUAGCAGUAAUAAAUUUUACUAGAUCCAGCUCCAGGCAAAAACACUGCUCCAGAGUUCCGAGCUCCAUCCCUAAGCUCCGCUCCAAAUCCUUGGUUUAAAUGGCAUUAUACAAAGUAAAAAAAUUAACUUUUUAAUAAUCAAAUGAGAGACCUAUUUAUUCUUUCAAAGAACUUUAUGCUGUGCUGAUUCUCAGGUUUCCAACGGCUGAUCUACAAAUAAUUUAGUUUACUAAUAAAGUAUAGUGUAGUACAGUAGACCUAAUGUUUAAUUACUCCUUUAAUGGGGUAAUAACAGUAAUAAUCAAUUUAAAUUUUGAUAUAAUGUUAAAAUAAAUUUCUUAACUGGUGGACAUAAACUCAAAAUAAUUACUGAUAUUCCUAAUUAUUUUUACUAUAAUAAAAUAUUCUUAACUGUUACAUGAUCAUUUUCACAUUUUCUAGUCUAACUCUCAAGAGAAACAAUAAAUGCCAAUAAAAAGAGGAGUUUAGUUCCUGAACAGGUGACAGCCAUUGAUCAUAUUGGUGCUUUUAUGGCCUUUUGCCAAAAUAGUGGCCUGACAAAGAAGAGCUUUUCAUGUGCUGUAGCCUUCUGUAGACCUAUAUGUGUUUAUAUGCCUACUUGUACUCAGUAUGUCCAAGCUACUAAUCAUAAGUGAAUUCUGUUUACAGGCCCUAAAUCUUUUCUGUUAAUUAUAAAGCAGGAGCAGUCAGAUUUAUUAUAAAGAUUUGUCAAAGGAAAAGAAAGACUAUUUAAACAUAUUUUACAUUUACUUUUAAAAAUACUUAAUUUCUUCAACAAUCAUCCUUCUUAAAAAGUGAGAAAGACAAACAACAAAAAACUGGGGUUUCAAAUGGAAACAGUUGUUAGCUCAUCUGUAAUCAUUUGAAAAAUAUGCAAAGCACAAGUUAUGGUCUUAACUAAAUCCUAUCUUUGCUUACACUAUUUGUAGUCUGUUAAUGAUUUUUAACUUGGAGUUGUACUAAUAAGCACUCCAAUGACAGUUGCUAAAGAAAUUUUUCAUAUUUGACCUGAAAUUUAUUUUGUGCUCAAAUUAAUAAUCUAGCUAAAAUCAAUAGCUACAAACUUUAAGGGAAACCAGGAUGGUUAUCAAAUGGUGAACAAAUUAGACACUACUACAAAACAAUUAUGUAUUUUUACAUUUAACAGGAAACUGUGCAAUUCUUCAAAAAAAAAAAAUGACGUAACCGACUUAAGAAGCCUUAGUAAUUCCAUUCCGUCAAACAAAUUAGACACUACUACAAAACAAUUAUGUAUUUUUACAUUUAACAGGAAACUGUGCAAUUCUUCAAAAAAAAAAAAUGAUGUAACCGACUUAAGAAGCCUUAGUAAUUCCAUUCCGUCCACGGACAUCAUAUAAAUGUCCGCCUUUUCCUACCAUGCCUGCGGGAGACAAACAGGUCAAGCCAAAAGAAUCAGAUAGGUAAAGACAUUUUUUUUUUUACUGCAAUUAAUGUCACAAAAACUUUAGAAGUUCUAAAAAUAUUUUGAAUAAUUUGAUAAACUAGAGAAGGAGAUGUUUGUUCAGAGUUGGUGACAAACAUUAAAUACAUAUUUAAUUUGCAUUUCAUUUUUAACUUAAUCCAUUCCAAAAUCAUGUAAAUCCAUUGUGAAGUUAGUGGCAGGCCACAAAUUACUCUGCAGUUGGCUAAAUGCUGCCCCUCACUAUAUAGAAAAAAAAAGUGCAGACUUGGGCAGACUGCCACCAAUUUUCCAUCCUUUCUAUGCCAGUGUAGGGAAGUCUCCAAAAUUUUGCAUGCUGUAAAUCCCUGAUAUCCCCCUGUCAGUGCCAUUCAUACUCUUUCACCAUCCAACCACUUAUGACAAGGAAAGAGCUGUCAGACUUUUCCUUGCUCUUAAAUACCCAUUAUCUGAUAAGAUAGUAGUGUGAAGCAUCUGUUAAAUUUCAUUUUUAAACAGUUUUUGGCACAUCUUUCCUGUCCUAUUUGUUAUCACAUAACUUGAAGAUAUCCUCUUCAAGUUGUACGUUGUUAAAAAAUAUUGUUCAAAUGUUAAACAUAUUUGAAUGUAUGAAUCACUUCAAACUCAUUUAUUUUGGUGGUCAUAUUUGUGCUGUUUAAUAAGAAAAACUUAUUUUUUAUUAGGCCUACUUUUUAUCAAAUAAGUGUUUUUUUUUAAAGAACCAAUCCAGACAUUAUUAGGCCUACUUAUUAGAUGUCUGGAUUGGUAGUUUGAAUAUUUUCUUUCUUCUUUUUUCUGCUAAUUCAAUCCAUCUGGUAAUUCAUACCAACUUGUCUGCUGUGAAAUUUGGCCCAAGCUUGUAAAAUAUUGGGAAUAUAAAUACAAAGCUUAGAAUGAGAAUACCAUGUGCUAUUUUGCUGUCAUAACUCUCAAUUAUUAAAUAGUUUUCAUUUGAAACUUAACAAUGCAAUGGAUUGUUUUGUUCUAAAAAAAAAACUGUGCUUAAUUUGCAUCAAAAUGUCAUUUGUAGUAAGUAAUAAUUAGUUAAUUUUUUAAAAAAAAUUUAAGCACCCAAAUGGCUAUAAAAUUAUUUUUAAAAUAAGAAGUUUUUUAUUGCCUAAACACUUUCUUGUUGGAGAUUUUCCUAUUUAUUGUACACAAAAUUUGGUCUUGAUUAUUACAUGAAAAAAUAAGGGAUCCAUCAAAAUGUUUGUCUUGGAUUACAAUUUGAGAACCCACCACUCCGUGGACUAUUUAGAGUUGUCGUUGAAGAUGGUUGUGAAGUAUCAUUCACACAGCUCAAGUAUUUUUGAAACAAGAGUGAUAGGAAAUCCUGAAUCACAGCAAGAGAUUAAAAAUGAUAAUGGUGUCUUGUAUAAAUGAUUGUUUUCCGGUCUUGAUUUUAAGAAUAACUAUCAGCAAAAUGCGCUUGGAUCCAUGUUUAAGGUGGCAACAUUUAGUUUGAGGAGUUAAUUUGAAUUUUUUUACAUUAAUUUGAUGAUGUAAAAUUUUCAGUAAAUUGUGUUAUGUUAUUUUAAGGGUGAAAAUUUUUUUAUAUUGAUUCUAUACCAGUUUGUUAACUUCCUUAUUUAUUCAUUUCAUAUUUGUUUUAUUGUUCACUGGACAUCAAUGUUUUCUAUCAUUCCUGCUGAAGCUAUGUUAUACUUCUAGUAAUUAAAGCUGGAGAUUUGUCAAUUUUUAAUUUUGUUGAGUUAGUGUUAUCCACCUGCCCUAGCAAUAAGGUAUUGAUUACUACUCUAGGCUCUCAAGUAACAAAGUAAAUCAAUAUCAUUAGAAAUACCUUCCUGACCUCUUAAUACCUUUUGACAAUUAGUUUGUCAAGGGUCGUUUAGAUUCAUUUGCUUUAUGAAAACUACCCAAGUUAAUGAAAAAAACAUGUUAUUUUAUUGCAUCAAAGCUUUCAAAUCCCAAUAUUUGUUAUAAUAAAUUGUUUUUCUUCAACUCAACAUAAUUGUACUAUAUUGUACAGAACUUUAGUGAUGUAAAAGGGAAUUCGUUGUAUCCUCUGGACUAAGGAUUGUUUAAUACAGGGGUGGGCAAACUAUGGCCCGUGGGCCGCAUGCGGCAUGCGCCCUGGCAACUGAUAUUAUACGGCCCUCGCAGGCAUUUAGAAAUAAAAAAAAUUAUUUUGUUUUUAAGUUAUUUUGUUGAAUUUUACAGAUUUUCAUGAACCGUUAUGAUUCUUUAAAAGUUUUUGAUCAAAUUUUGAUAUAAUUUCCUAUUUUUUUAAACAGUCCUUGACUUUGUCAUGCAAUGCUAAAAUGAGAAUUUACCGAUUUUAAUAUAGAGAAAUGAUUAUCGACAUGUAAAAAUUGGACAUAAUAUACAUGCGGCCCCCCAACAGCUUUACAUUUGUCAAGUUGGCCCUCCGCACAAAAAGUUGGCCCACCCCUGGUUUAAUAUAAUGGUUUAUUCAAGUAGAAUAAUUUUUCUUUAUUUUGAAUAAAGAUAAUCUAAAUAUUUCCAAAGAGAUCAUGGUGUGAAUUAACAUUAAAUGCUUGUUAAUGCACUCUACACACUGUAUUCUAAACAAAUAUUCUGUAGAAGGAAAAUGUAACACACAGUUACAUUUAUUCAUUUUCCCAUCCCAAUUCUUUGAUAAAACAGUUUCAACACAAGCAUGAACCUAUAUAAUGAUGGAUCUUUUUUUAUACUAUACUCAACAGUAAUUUAGGAUGUAAUGAAAUUGUAAAGAUAUGUUUUAGAAAAAUAAUUGAUUGAAAAAAAAAAAAUGUUAGAAAAGGAAGGAAAAAUUUGCAGGAAAAACCCAGUGAGCUUCUUCUGUUUUAUGAUACAUGAUAAAUAAUAGAAUAAACAGAGACUGUUGUCUUAUAAUAUGUCAUCAAGCCUUGAGGAACCAAUUUAUCAGUAGACAAAACAAAUAAUUAUCUGCAGCCAUGGAAUGUCUCCACAUAGCCCUGUUUCUGAUGUUGCUUUAUUUAACAAUAAAGUUUAUCUCUAUUGCUGCAAAGGAUAUUUACCUAGUUGUGUAAGCAAAUGUAUUUUAUUUAUAGGAGCUAGAAACAAGAGAUAAAAGUAACCUGCAUGUGUAGCUAUCUGCUUGUUAGUAUCCACAAUAACAUCUUGUCCUAGCAAAUUAUGUUGGAUGGGUCAAUGAGAAAAAGAAACAUUCCUCUGGUGUACUUUACUUUAGUUAAAGAUGAUAUACUUUCAUGUGUAACUAGGGUUUGGGGCACACAACACUGGCAUAGUUAAUCCCCCGCUUUAAAAUAUAAUAUCAGUUAUCAAAUGUAUACUGAAACUGAAUACUUAUUAUAAUGUCUGUUGUUUAAUGAAGCAAAUAAAAUACUCUUUUAUAGUCACACAGAAUAUAAUUUUUAUUUUACUUUAAACUAAAACGUAAAAUAAAUUCAUUAACUCAAAUGAGGAAGGAAAAAUAUUUCUCUAAUAUUUUCUUGUUUUAGUUUUAACAAAAUUAAAUGUUUAAUUUAAGCUUGAAAUGUUUACUUGCCACAUUGACAUCAAAUGUCAUAAGAUUAUUUUUAGUACUAAAAGAUAGCCAACAGCUGGAGCUUGCCUUUGAUUAAUACAUUCAUUAAUUCCUAGCUUAUGAAAUGACUUGUGCAGUGUUUCACCAGUUCUCACACUCAAUUUCUCUAUGCAUGUUAUUGUGAAAACCAUCUGUGAAAGAGCCAUAAACAGUUUUCAUGUUGACAAAAGUACAUACUUUCAAGAUGGAUAAUUAAAUAAAUACACAUCUGUUAUAUAAUAUUUUUGAUAUUGGUAAAAAUAUUUAUAUUUCAAUAAAUAUGGACUGUCAUUACUGUAUUGUAAGAUUAAAUUUGUUAUUAUGCCUCAGCAAAUAGUUUUAGUUUGUUUUGGGAGAUUCGGUUUUUCAAAUUAAAAAGUGAUUUUAUCUUAAUUUAUAAUGUUCAAUUCUGCUUUAAAUGGAUUUAGAAAAUACAUUUUUAUUCUGAUUGAAAUAAAAAUGUUCCUGAUAUAUUUCACAUUUGAGUUGAAGUUCCUUAUUACUUUUUAACAGUAUAAUUUUUUAACAUAAAUAAAUUGUGUUUUAUUUGGUUUAAAGAGCAAUAAUAUCAAAGAAUAUGAAUUUAAAAUAAAUGUGUUGUUUCAGAGAUGCCAAACAAUUAUGUCAUCUACUGGCUCUGAUAAGUGCUCCAGCAAGUAGACAACCGCUCCCAUCAGUAAAGUAUCCAGUGAGUUUAAGAUCCCCUACAACAGAAAGUAUCCCUAUACUACGUCCUGGAACUUGUGCCAAUCUGGCCUCAGAAGCUUCUGAAUUACAGAAUUUUAGGUGAAUAUUAAAAAAAAGCUUUUCAGAUAAGAGAUCUCCAUUAUAUUAUUUAGAAGCUUUGACCAAAUACAACAAUAGUAGUAGUAGUUUAAUUUCAGAAAAAUUUCUUACUUCAUAUUUUUUGGACACAUUUUCUAAGUUUUAAACCAAUGGUGAUAUCCCAGUCUUUUAUUUACAUUAUCAUUUAAUCACUGACUAUUGUUUCUGUUGAUUUAAAACAGCUUGAAAUACAAAGAUGAAAGGCAAUUCAGCAGCCAUCCUCAUCAUCC